AACCAUAGUUUCAAAAAUUGAGUUGAUAACUGGAGCUGCCAACAGAACAAUUAAAUUGAGAAGCAGGCCAAGUUCCAGCCAGCCGGCUUCAGUUGAUGCAGUGUGAAAACAGCCUUGAAUCUAUCGCGUCCUAUUACCGGCAAAUCAGGACAUCCUCCGACUCCUGGCGAAUGACACACUAGUACCAGAACUUGGCGCGCUGUGUUCCUUACCUACAUUUGUCGUUUGAAUGCAUCGAAUAACUCGUAGCUGGUUGUUAUCGUUCUAUUUUAUCACAUGCAACAACAGUGAAAUGAGAACGAGUGAAAGCAAAGCAUGGCCCAUUGCGUUUUGAAGAAACAAAACCACCAGUGGAGAAAGUGAGGAAGCAAAAUGCUUCAUUGACAGCAUAACAACAUAAACUCCAUAAACAUACACAUGUAAAAGGGUAGAAUAGAAAAUAUCGUCAUCGACGAUUACCCUUCUGUAUAGAAGCUUUGUGAUACGCUAUUAUUGGUCGAAAAACAUAUGAGUAGGUAUUCUGUCAAUUUCUCAAUUCAUGUGCAACACAAACGCCAUAUAGAGACAGGGCGUAAACCCGAAAGCAGUGGUGUUUAUAAUUGAAGUGAAUUGCUUUUUUUCUAUCAAAUUGGUUAUUAUUGGUAGAUGAAUAUUGAAGAUAUGAAAUAGUGAAAGAUGGAGCAUUCUCUAUGAACUUAGCAAAAAGUCAAAUUGCGUUACCAAUGUGCCAGUGAAACAAAUAAUAGACAGAGAUCAAAAGUGCAGAAAUUAAGCCUCGAAUAUCGUUGUCUAGCGCUAUGCCACCACUGAAUAGCUACAAUGGAAAUGGCAAUGCAAGUGAUAUUAUCUGUUCGCUCACGCAGUCUCAAAUGGCUAUUAAUCAGUCGGGUAAUGAUUCGGCGACUUCAAACACUAGACCGGUGUUCAAUUGUACCCAGUACUCGCAGAAGGUGCUGCUGAAUCUGAAUGCCCUUCGUCAGAAUAUGCGUUUCUGUGAUGUGGAAAUUGUUGUCGGGAGUACAACGAUGCAGGCUCACCGGGCUGUCUUGAGUGCCGCUUCAGCAUACUUCGAGGCAAUGUUCCGGCCCGAGAUGGGACUCAGCGAGGGGAAACAAAAAUCAGUAACGCUUCAUUCAAUACGAGCCGAUAUAUUGAAACUAUUGAUUGAUUUCAUUUACACGGGUCAGGUCGAGAUCAAACAGAGCAACGUGCAAGAGCUACUAGCUGCAGCCGAUAUGAUCCAACUUCCGGAAGUAGUGGACGGAUGCUGCGAGUAUCUUUGUAGGGAAUUACAUUCUUCCAACGCACUAGGAAUUUUACGUUUUGCUGAAGCGCACAAUUGUCGUCAAUUGGCAGAAGCGGCUGCCACCUACAUCUACACCAACUUCCCAAAGGUUGCCCUCGAAGAUGAAUUGUUGGACAUCCCACACAUGAUGCUGAUGAAGGUGAUUUCUUCCGAAUCCCUCCGAGUAGAUAGCGAGUAUCAAGUUUUCAAAGCAGCUCUUCGAUGGAUCAAACACGAUGUCGUACCACGUAGGCGGUAUGUGUUUGAAAUUCUAUCACACGUGCGCUUGGCAUUGGUUCCGGUCGGGUUGAUUGACCAAGCAAUCGCCGAAUGUCGUGAUGUGUCUUUGAAGAUAGCUUUGAGAUCGGUUAGGAAGGAUCUCACUUCCAAACGGGGUCAGCUAGUACCACUACGAGUGUGCCCUAGAGUGUGUGCCAAAAAGAGCAUCUAUAUUAUCGGAGGAUCCCGCCGCGAGCAGUCGGCUGGUUGGACUCCUGCUGACUGUAUUUUCGAGAGCGUAAUCAAGUAUGACAUAUUCCGGCGGGAAUGGAUAGAGUCAGCCCCCAUGCAAAUUGGCAGAAUUUUACCCGGAGUUGCCACUCUGGGGGGUAAAAUUUUUGUAAUCGGCGGUGAGCGUGGCAGUCAGAUAUUGGCAAAUGGUGAAGUAUACGAUACUCAGAAUAAUAAUUGGGAGGCUAUGGCACCAAUGAUCGUACCCAGAUGUGAGUUCGGUUUGUGUGCUCUAGGCGGUACACUGUAUGCCAUGGGCGGCUGGAUUGGUGAAGACAUCGGCGGUUCCAUAGAAUGUUAUGAUCCUAUGAAAAACUCUUGGAGGAUGGUUGGUGAUUUACCGGAGCCAAGAUUCAGCAUGGGAGUAGUUAGCUUCGAAGGUCUUAUUUACAUUGUUGGGGGUUGUACCACUUCCAGCCGCCAUCUACCGGAUUUGACUAGCUACAACCCCGUCACACACGAAUGGAAUUCUCUAGCGCGAAUGCACACGGCGCGGUGCCAGAUGGGUGUAGCAAUAUUGGAUCGCUACUUGUACGUCGUCGGAGGAAACAGCAGCCAACAGGAGGUUCUUUGUACAGUCGAACGGUACUCAUUCGACGAUAACAAAUGGACGAUGGUGGCUCCAAUGUCGGUGAGCCGUGCCAGUCCAGCCGUGGCGGCAGCCGACGGGUUACUGUACGUGGCAGGAGGUGACCAGCCUUGUGAGAUCAACUUCUAUCGAGCACAGGUAACCAUAUCGUCCUUUGAGUGUUACGAUCCUAUGAACGAGCAGUGGAAAGAUUGUCCCGAUUUACCCACCAGUCGGUCGGAAGCGGGUGCUGUAGUGGUUUAAAUUUUGGGUAGCUUUUGUAUUGAACGCACAUACUUUCCAUUUGGUUGGCAAAACAGAAAACUACAUAAUCUUCAGAUCUAGUCGAAUACAACUUUAUUUGACUUCGUACAUUCCUUAUUGGAUUACAUAAAUUUAAUAUUUUUUCCCAAUUGCACGCGUUGAACCAUUUCAUUUAUUUUAAUUUUUAAUUUAUUUACGCACUAAAACAUGCACGCGGAAAUAUAAAAAAAAAACAUAUAGGUAUAACCAAAGAUUUUAGAAGAACUACUGAAGAUUGUGAUCGUUUUUGUAGCAAUAUAGAUAUGCCACAUCAGUUGAUACUUAUUAAAUGAAUGCCAAAUUAUAAGCUGAUAUAGUUGAUCCACGUAAAAUAUGUUUAUUGACAUUAUUACCGGACAUAAGCAAAGCAUACGUAUUGAAUAUAGAUACAACAAUUCCAUAGAUAAGCCAAGACAUGGUUCAAUAAAAACAUUAUGUGUAAUUUUUUUGUGGUUUUCCUCAAUGAAUUCGCAAAUUUAACGUCACGUAACGUAAUUGGUAUGGAUUUCAAUUAUGACAUACAAGUCUUAACUUGCCUUUGCUUAGCUCACCUAUGAAAUCUACAGUAUCUAUAAUAUUGAACUAUUGAUAACCGUGAUUAUUUGUUGGUGUAGUUGAUUAUCGUAAUGCAGAUUUUAAUUAGAGCAACAGUAAUACUUGUUUAUUUAUCCUCA